AAAGGCUAUAGUAGGGGGUAAAGAGGGGGGACACGUUAAGGGACAGCACCUACCAUAAGACAUAAGGUAUUAUCAGUGACAUGUUAAGGAAUUUGCAGACUCUUCCCUUUGUCAUGUCCCUUUCUCUCUCGAUAUUUUCACCUUUUACAAUCAUGAUUCUGUUUUCUUCUUCUACUUUUUCACACUCUUAUAUAUGAAGAAGUUAAGUAGCUAGAAUUGUAUAGAAAGAAAAGUAAAAAAGUGAUUUUGAGGGAUUUUUUGAGGACCCUUUUAGAUUAGAAAGAAGAAAGUGAAAAUGGGUAGUUGUGGAAGGGAAGGUGUAGUGAGACAAUAUGUUAGAUCAAAGGUUCCUCGUUUAAGAUGGACACCAGAACUUCAUCGUUGCUUUGUUUAUGCCAUUGAAACUCUUGGUGGUCAUCAAAAGGCUACUCCUAAGCUUGUUCUUCAAUUGAUGGAUGUUAAAGGGCUAACAAUUUCACAUGUCAAGAGCCAUUUGCAGAUGUAUAGGAGCAUGAGAGGUGACUCAUGUAAACAAGAUAGGACUACAUCCGUACAUAAAAGACCAUCUUUUCAGGAGCAUGAUGAUGGGUUUGGAGAUGAUCAAUCUAUUGGAAAGGAAUCUGAUUCUCUCUUUAGCAACACUAAUUUCUCCCCAAAAAGAGCUAGAAUCGAGAAGAAAAGUUCAUUCUCAGGAAUGAUACAAUGCAGGGAAAGAAUAUGUGAAGCAGUUCCAAAUCCAUACACAACUUUUUAUGAUUAUGUGCAGGACAUGGUUCAGCAACAGCAGAAGGGAAUAAAAGAGAUUUGUGUUGCUUCACAAUAUUCCACAAUCUUUCCCAUGCUACCAAAACAAGAAACUCAUUUGCUCCAGGUUACAAAAUUAAAUGAAAAGAAGCAUGUGAAUGGCAAGAUAAAGAGUGUACGUGCAGAAGAUGAAGUUAUAAAGAGUUGUGAGUUGUCAUUAUCAAUUUCAUUGCCCCAUCUUUCACCUCAAAGAAGUAAUGUUUCUUCAGCCAAUGAUAUGAGAGACUCUGGAUUUUGUAACUUUAUGGGUUGUUCCAAUGUCCAAAACAGAAUUAAUUUGGACCUAUCUUUAGCCAUUUGAAUGUUAACUAGAUUGUUAUUUUUUUUUAAUAUGACUAGUAAUACACAAAUGGAUGCAUUUUGGUACUUAGUACUAACAUAUGGUAUAUUAUAUAUGCUGAAAUUUGAUGCCAGCUUAGGGGAAAGUAUAACCUGAGAUUCUAAUUAAUGAAAUGUUUAGUAGCUUAGUUUACUCAAAUAUUAAAUUAACUAUUUUGUCUAUCCGUUCCCA